AAUAACCCCCUCUCACUUCUCAGUCUCUGCCGGAAAACUUGUCGGAAGGUCGGUCGGAAUUCUGAUCGGCCAUGAAGAUAGCUAUAGAAGGCUGCAUGCACGGUGACCUCGACAACGUGUACAGAACCCUCAAGCACAUCGAAGAGAAGGCCGGCACAAAAAUUGACCUCCUCCUCUGUUGCGGCGAUUUUCAGGCGGUUAGGAAUGAGACAGAUAUGGAGAGCUUGAACGUGCCCCGGAAAUACCGGGAAAUGAAAUCGUUCUGGAAGUACUAUUCGGGCGAGGAGGUCGCGCCUAUUCCGACCAUAUUCAUUGGUGGAAAUCACGAAGCAUCUAAUUACCUCUGGGAAUUGUACUAUGGAGGAUGGGCAGCACCAAAUAUGUAUUUCAUGGGAUAUGCUGGGGUGCUUAAGUUUGGAAACAUUCGAAUUGGUGGACUCUCUGGAAUAUAUAAUGCAAGGCAUUACAAACUAGGACACUUCGAGAGGCCACCUUAUAAUGAGAGUACCAUCAGGUCUGUGUACCACGUUCGUGAAUAUGAUGUCCACAAACUCAUGCAAGUUGAGGGGCCAAUUGAUAUUUUCCUAUCACAUGAUUGGCCUCUUGGGAUCACUGACUGUGGGAACUCCAAGCAACUCAUUCGACAUAAACCAUUUUUUGAGAAAGAGAUCCAGCAGAGGACUCUGGGAAGUAAAGCUGCUGCCCAACUGUUGGAAAAGUUGAAGCCUGCUUACUGGUUUUCCGCCCACCUACACUGCAAGUUUGCUGCUUCAGUUCAACAUGGAGAAGGUGGUCCAAUCACAAAAUUUCUUGCACUCGAUAAGUGCAUGGCCGGCCACAGAUUUCUACAGAUCAUUGAUGUUGAAGCGGGUCCAGGGCCCUAUGAGAUAUCGUACGAUGAGGAAUGGCUAGCAAUUACGCGGAAAUUCAACUCUAUCCUCCCUUUGACCAUUAAAAGUGCAGAUUUUGGGGCUGCUCAAAAUGAUAUACAUGAUUGUCGUAAUUGGGUCAAAAGAAGGCUACAAGCAAGAGGCACCAGACCAUUCGAUUUUGUGAGGACAGCUCCAUGUUAUGAUCCCUCUCACCGCUCCUUUAAUGGCUCUGCAGUGAAUAGAAUAUAUGCCAUGCCAGCAUUAGUUCGAAACCCUCAGACAGAAUCGUUUCUGGAACUCCUGGAACUUCCCUACCUUCUUGACAACACGUUGGAGUCCACAGAAGUAGCCGAGAGUCCAGCUUCAUUGAUUCAACAAGGACCUGUGGGUGAGGACACUGAAGAGAUCCCUAUUGAUGAUGUGGACGAGCUGGAGGAGCUUGCAGAGGAUGAAGUGGAAAACGAGGAUUAGUAGUUAUGGACUCGUGAAGCUUCGGUUUGGUAGAAUCUCUCUUGCUCGAAACAUCGAUAAUCUGAAUUAUCCUUCCGGGUAUGGAAACCUGGAAUUAUUUGUAGGUUUAUGUGUACAUACACAGAUCUGCUACUAACAUAAUUAGAGCUCAGGAAGACGAUUAAUCUAUGUUCCUCCACUGAUUCAAUUCAAGUUUACGAGCCACUCAUGCUUCCUGUUUUCGCUUGUUUCCUGAAGCAGAGAUUUGUUGAGCAGAAUAUAAUUUUAGAAUAACA